GGAAAGCCCUCCUUUGGGUAAACACUGUCGAAGAAGGGAGUGAGGCGGGUGGGGGAGGGGAGAGAGAAAGGCACGCGUUGGUUCCCAAGCAGAGGAGGCAGAGGAAGGUUCCGUCUGUAGGAACCUGAGCGUGAGCCGACCCACUCCGUCAAGGAGCGCGGGGAGAGACGGGCAGGCGCGUCAGGGUUUGAGAGGAGUGAUUCGAGAGGUGCCGUCGUCAGGCUGCGGGAAAGAGACAGGAGGCGGGCUUUGCGCGCAGGACUUGAGAGAGCAGCACCUCUCCGCAGCUGGCCCCGGGCUUCUGGAGCGCCGCUGGUAGCACCUGACCCAAAGAUUCCCACUAGCAACACUGAAUGAGAAUUCCACCAUUGCCUAGAGCUCACUAAUUCAGUUGGCAAUAUGGAUUUCGUGAUGAAGCAGGCCCUAGGGGGGGCCACCAAGGACAUGGGUAAAAUGCUGGGAGGCGAAGAGGAGAAAGACCCCGAUGCCCAGAAGAAGGAAGAAGAGCGACAAGAAGCCCUGCGGCAGCAAGAGGAAGAGCGCAAGGCAAAACAUGCCCGCAUGGAGGCGGAACGGGAAAAGGUCCGACAGCAAAUCCGUGAUAAGUACGGCUUGAAGAAGAAGGAGGAGAAAGAGGCGGAGGAGAAGGCAGCGCUGGAGCAGCCGUGCGAGGGGAGCCUGACGCGCCCCAAGAAAGCCAUCCCAGCAGGCUGCGGGGAUGACGAAGACGAGGACGAGGAGAGCAUCCUCGACACGGUGCUCAAGUACCUGCCGGGCCCACUGCAGGACAUGUUCAAGAAGUAGCCCUGCCCCACCAGCCCCCUGCCCUGCGCUGCCCACCGUCCCUGGCACUGCCAACUCAGAGCUUGGGUUGAGGGAGGGCAGUCCC